GUGUGUGUGUGUGUGUGUGUGUGUGUGUGUGUGUGUCUGUGUGGGUGGGUGUGUGUGUGUUCAUGUCUUUUAGUAUUUAACUUAUUUACGUGUGAUGAGAAUAGCUUGUUAACAGGCGCUGUUAUUGGUUAAUGGAAGUGAUAAUAACAGCACAGGUCAACACAAGGGAUUAUGAUGUUUGCUUUAAUAGCUCGUCAAAAAGGAAAUAAGGUCGGCGGUCGACGUACAAAAUAAAAUAUGAGGCAAAUGCGUUUAAUGACAAAUGCAAGAUAUAAAAUAUAUGUAUAUUUUAUUAAUGUGUGGCUAUGCAGCAUCUAUGUAUAUUUAUAUGUAUUAUACUGAUGCAUUUCACAUUAGUUUUUAUAUCACUUUACUGCAAUGGUAAUUAGGCCUCCAGCUUGAACUAGGCCUAUAGCAUUUCUAUUCAAUUUUUUUUCAUUUCCUAUGCCGAUAAGGUAAAAUGAAGAAUUACAAAUUGAUGAAUGCCUUAUUUGUUAUUUUAGAUUAAAAACCUAUUACAUACAUUUGUUGUUUGAAUGUUUUAUUUCGCACAAAAAACAAUUGCCGUAACCUGUGAGCAUAGCAUUUCAUGCAAUCCGGCGCCACACUAGCCUUACUAUCACAUGGCUAUAUUUUAAAACUACUAUGUCUUUUGAUUCAAUGCAAAAUUUGUUAUAUUGUUGAACAAUUAACUGUGUGUAUCAUAAGGCUGAACUUUCUCUGUUUCUAUGUUAUAGUCUAUCUAUAGGCCUAUUCUUUAUGUUUCACUGGUCCCAGUUUCCACGUUGAAUUUAGUCCGGGGAUUAGGAAUGUUUUUUGCACUAGCCAUCCAUACGGCCAUCAAAUGGACGUUUGAAACACCUUAUUUCUAUCUUUAUUAUAAGGUUAUAGCUCUGUAUAGUUUUUAGGUUCGUAGGUUUUCACCAAUGCUAUAAACAUAGACCAAUGAUGACAUUUUUGGGCGUAAACCGCUAUGUGUGUGAUACUUCUAAAGGACGAUGUUCGAUAAUCCAUGUGUUUUGGAGAGGGUCGGUCUGGGUAUUUCAGGUCCUGUAAAGUACCUCGUAAAAUAAACCCUUCUUAAACACACUGUAUAAUUUUGGAUUGGUCUACUAUGUGGUCAUUUGAACACACACACACGGCCUAACUCGACAUAGAUACAUUUCUCAACAUUUUGAAAUUUCCCCAUCUGAUAGAUUUAUACGUUAGAUUCUAAUCCGAUGUUAAUUAUUUGCCUUAAAACUAUAGGCCGUUAUAGGAGAGAACCGCGAGCAUUUAAUAGUCACUAGGAUUGAUUUAUCCUUUAUUGUUCAGCCUUUAUGGUCACGUGCGCCUUCUCGCCCAAUGGAACCCGAGUCUGCCUCUCCACUACGAGUCGACUGUAGUUCUUUGAGGAGUCAAGUUGCUACUUGAUUUGUUCACAUUGAUGUUUGCGAGGCAGGGUUUAGUGAAUGUGCAUGCAUGUGUUGGGUGAGCAUUUUAUUGUUGUUGUUGUUGUUGUUUGCAUCUGUAUAUGAGUGGGUACAUGUUUGAGUAUCUUUGCCAUGUCGACGUCCGGAACGCUAACUAGUUACUACGUAGAUUCACUAAUCCUGCCCGAGAGUGAGGAGCUCACUGCGCCCCGAUACCCUUCUGCUCCGGGGGGGCUACAACAGUCAAGGCAGUCCGCCUCCAUCAACGACCACAAUGAUAUUGGGACCUGCACGUUUUCCACCAAAGCUUCGGUAUUCAGCCCGUCUUGGAGUCAUGUCCAGGCGCCGUUCCCGGGCUCCGUGUAUCACCAUCACUACGGGCACCACCAGGGCUCGGUCAGCGGAGACAGCGAUGCUCGCUACAUGCAGUCCUGGCUCCUCGAGCCCAUGUCCGGCUGCUUGCCCAUGUCCGGAUUACAAGCGAGCCACAAUUACGGGAUCAAACCGGAGGGUCUCGCAGCCAGAGGCGACGGUGCGCUCCCCGGUUCCCACACGGCGCUGCUGCUCUCCGAUUACGCCAACGGGACGGUGGCGACAUCGCCGGUAGAAAAGGACGCACCACCGCUCCAGGGAGGGGACAUUAAGGGCGAAGGAGACGUCAAACCGGCCCUCGAUCCAAAUAACCCCGUGUCCAACUGGCUCCACGCAAGUGCCACGAGAAAAAAGCGCUGUCCGUAUACCAAGCACCAGAUCCUGGAGUUGGAGAAAGAGUUCCUCUUUAAUACGUACCUGACGCGGGAACGUAGGUAUGAGGUGGCCAGGCAGCUAAACCUCACCGAGAGACAGGUUAAAAUAUGGUUCCAGAACCGUAGGAUGAAGAUGAAGAAGUUUAACAAAGACGGCAGACCGAAAGAUGAAUAACACGAACAAUAUAUUCUGCAGCAUGGGCUACUACGGCUUGAUGCGCUAAAGCUCUAUCCUCUGCUGGACCAUCUUUUUUAAACAUCUUUGUUAUUGUUUAUUUUUUGCCCACAACAAAAGCUGUUAGGCAUAUUUGUCUUAUAAAAAAACGCAUGUCGGUUUUAAAUGUAAUGCAACUGCCUAUAUUGCACAAUUUGACCAGUGCCCGUUUGUUGAUUAUGUUGGAAUCUCGAGUCGUGUGUUAGUUGGCCUUGCCCCUGUGUUAGUUGUAUGGAUGUUUAUAGGUGUGAAUGUGUGUGUGUGUUCACUGGUUUGUAGCUAUUUGUUGUCUAACUCAAUGUCACUGAGCGUAGUUUGUAGAGUGUAACUAAUUUUAUUGAUGUAUGACUCUUAUUGAUAGUGCUGCUGUUGGAAGAACUGCAGUUUUAAUUUAACAUCUGGAAAUCAGAAUAAUCGCAUUAGAUGCAUCGGCCUUUUAAGCAUAAUUCCAAUACAGUUAUUAAUUGCUACAGGCUAUAGAACUAUAAUCUUCUUUUUGACUGCCUAAAUGUCUCUCAACUACCUACAAUAACCUAUUUUUUUGCCAGCGAUAUGUGCUUGCAUUAGAUAAUGACCAAUGACUGAAUUUCAGGGAGUAAUAGUAUUUGGAAAGGAUAUACUAUUUGUUAGAGGGAAGGAAACACUGUAGUGUAAUUAAUAAAUACCUCAUGGUCUGAUGACCCUUCAGAUUUUUUUUUAUUUGGUUCACAAAUGUAAUUUGUACUUUAUUUAUUGAAUAAAACAAAUUAUAUCUGCGAAUACAUUCCCAUCGCAUCUCCAAGCCCUGUCGUGUAUAGUUACUUUUGUCGUCACCUAAUCCGACACACAAUGCUCUACUUUG